UCGUCUUCGCUUCCUCUUCUCUCUCUCUCUCUGUGCUUCCUGGACUACAGGGGUAGUUCUCCGCAGGAGGCACUGUAGAUCUACUCUUGAUUCGAGUCUCCGGCCGUACGAUCCAGCGAUGAAGCAGCUCCACAAGCAAAGCAGCCUCAACCAGAACCAACAGAUCCCCACGUACGCCGCCAAGCCAGCCAAGCAGCAGGCCCGCCCCUCCUCCGCCUCCUCGUCCCCCUCCUUUUUACGUUCCGCCGCCGGAUACCUCCUCCGGGAGCAGCGCCUCCUCUUCGUCCUCGCCGGCGCUGUCAUCGCCUCCACCUUCUUCCUUCUUCAACCCUACUAUCACUCCUCCACCUCCGGACUCCAGCCCUCUGAUCACCUCGCCUACCGCCAUCCGUCCUCCUCCUCCUCCUCCUUCGGCGGCGGCGAUGCCGCCUUGGGUGGUAGUGGGAAAAGGAUGCCGGUGGGGCUGAAGAAGCCGUCGAAGCGGGUCGCCGUCACGGGGGGCGCCGGCUUCGUCGGGAGCCACCUGGUCGACAAGCUGCUGUCCAGGGGGGAUAGCGUGAUCGUGAUCGAUAAUUUCUUCACCGGGAGGAAGGAGAACGUGGUGCAUCAUUUCGGGAACCCGAGGUUCGAGCUGAUCCGCCAUGACGUUGUCGAGCCGAUCUUGCUGGAGGUGGACGAGAUCUACCAUCUCGCAUGCCCGGCUUCGCCGGUGCAUUACAAGUAUAACCCCAUCAAGACUAUCAAGACAAAUGUGAUGGGAACAUUGAACAUGUUGGGAUUGGCAAAGAGAAUUGGAGCGCGAUUCCUGUUGACAAGUACCAGCGAGGUGUAUGGUGAUCCACUUGAGCAUCCACAGAAGGAGACAUACUGGGGCCAUGUCAAUCCUAUAGGUGUUAGGAGUUGCUAUGAUGAAGGAAAGAGAACAGCAGAAACUUUGACCAUGGAUUACCAUCGUGGUGCUGAAGUUGAGGUCCGUAUUGCACGAAUAUUCAAUACAUACGGACCUCGCAUGUGCCUAGAUGAUGGCCGGGUUGUCAGUAACUUUGUUGCGCAGGCACUUCGUAAAGAACCUAUGACAGUUUAUGGUGAUGGGAAGCAAACUAGAAGCUUCCAAUUUGUUUCAGACUUGGUUGAUGGAUUAGUGGCUCUUAUGGAAGGUGAGCACAUUGGACCUUUCAACUUGGGUAAUCCAGGAGAGUUCACCAUGCUGGAGCUAGCUGAGGUUGUGAAAGAAGUUGUUGAUCCUUCUGCAACCAUAGAAUUCAGACCUAACACUGCAGAUGAUCCACAUAUGAGAAAACCUGACAUAUCGAAGGCAAAAGAACUGCUGAACUGGGAACCAAAGGUUACACUGCAUGAAGGGCUGCCCCUAAUGGUGACCGACUUCUCAAAGCGGAUCUUAAGCGCUGAGAAAUGAUUGUUAAGAGUAUCAAAUUGCAUCUAUCAGUUAUAUUAAUUGCUCUCUUUGUUGCUGCAAUUUUUGGAAAUUCUGACUGCAGUUGAUUGAUUUAUAGUAUCAUUAAUAGCAAAUUAAUUAUUAUUAUUUA